AGCAUUUUUAAUCCAGAGGGCGCCACCUUACGAGGCGUGAAUUCAGUCGCGAGCAGACGUUUCUUGUCGACAGAUGGCGCAACGCGACAAAAGACCGGCAUUCGUGGGCGUUUAGUUUCGGUUCUCCACCACCUGCCCCGCCGGCCGCGCUGCUGCAGCCGCGCGGUACUGCGGUUCUCGAAUGCGGAGAUUUUCUUGCCUCGCUUCUCUCAGUCGGUGGUUGCGCGCCGCUCCGCACGCAACUCCGCGGGGUUGCCUUGGUGCGCGAGGUUUUGCUCUUCGCGGUGGUGUUUUUGUUAAUUUUUUCCUUAUGUGGGUGCGCGGACUAGGGGUCGCCUGCUGAGGCCCAAACCCCGACCCCCAACGAGCUUCUUGUGCUUUUCUUUUUUGUUUUGUUUCGUCGCUUCUGUUCUGUGUCGCGCGCCUGAGUUUCUUUUUUUGUUUUCGGAUUACUUCGCUUUCCUCCGCGUGUCCUUUGACGCUGAGGAGAAGGAUCAGCUGUCAUCUUCUCUGACGUCUGCAGAGGAAGGAUAUAUGGAAGCGCAGUUUCUCCGCAUCCCUAUCGGCCAAGUUGUGAGUUGUCGAAGCUAUUGCUACGCUGGAUUCUAUUGGCUCGCGAUCUGUUCUUAGGUUUUCGUUUUUCAUGUUUCCCCUUGGUGCAAUCAUUUAACGCAAAUUUACUGUACGUAUUAUCUUAUUUUGCAAGCUAUUGUUUUCUCUCUUGAUCCUCUCGGAACGAGCUACCAAUAUUUAUUAAUUUAAGGUUGCGCGGUCCGGGUGCUUCCAGUUAUCUGAGGUUGCGAUCGAGUGUCUUCACAGAUCGUGUUUGCUAUACGGGCGCGGCUUCUUUCCUUAUCGAAGCGUUAUCGCUCGACAUUGUCUGCUUUUUCAGCCUAUCUCUGACUCGUUCAGCUUCUUGCGUGUAGUUUAUUGCCGCCGUUAGCUCUGGAAGCGCGGACACAUUCCAAGUCGCUGAUACAGCGGAAGCACUUCUUAACGAACCUCCGCGCGUAGCAGUGACCUUCCUGCGCACUUAAGCGGCGCAGCCUAGUGGCGAAGCCGAACCUGCUUUUAGCGUCGGCCAUAGCGCUGUGCGGUACUCGUUCUAUAUUUUAUAGCGAAUGCGAAUAAAAAAACUAGCGAUUUUUUGCAUCGGAUAAAGUAGAUAACAGAUUACAUCUGUCGCAUAAGGAAGAACUUGUAGGAUGAAACAAGUAUAGGUGCUGAGGAAAAGAAAAACGGAAAGUGAAACGCGAGGGACGUAGUCUCGAAGCGGAGCAGACGACGCCGUUUUUAGUUUCGAGCAGUCGAGGACUUCAUUGCCGCGAGCAGACGACACGGUCGCGCACAACACUAGAAAUCAAGGAAGGAAAAUACGGAGAAAUUGCUCCUCGUGAAGUGUCGGUGAAAGUAAAGUACAAAAACAAGAAAAGCGAUUGGGAAAGGAAGCUAUCGGGUCGUCUUCGCCGGUGCCACUUUUUUUUUUUUUUUUUUCUCCAAGAUGUCGGCCUGGCCCGGUGUUCUCGCGCGCAAUGGUCGGUCGAGCCGCAGCCGGGUGCAGCUGCCGCGGCGCGGAUAUCGUCUGCUGGAUAACGGUCGCCGCCGCGGGCAGACGACGGCUCCUACCGCUGUCGUCUGCUUCGUGCCCCGCGCAGCUUCUGCGUGACGCUUUCCCUGAGUGUUGUGAGGAAGCAAAACGCCCCUUCUAAAGGCGCGUUUCGAGUGCGUGGUUGAUGACAAUGCGUUGCGACGGGUUUGGACCGCGGGUCCCACGAGACGAUUGACGUGAAGUAAAGAAGACGUCGUGCCGGUCGCUGGUGUGCGUGUGUGUGUGUGUGCGCCGUACGUGAAAAAAAAUAUGCGCGUCGCCGGGAACUUGACUACUGCGAGCAGACGACUGAUCAAGACCCGGAUGAUGACGUCCCCUGCCCGGCUUAUGCUACUUCUGCUUGAAAUCGUCUGCCUCUGCCUCCUAAUCGCCGCUCCAGCGCACGCCGCCCCGGCCUUUGAUAACGGUGAUGGCGAGGCGGAGAAGAUCUUCGUGCGCGUCGGGGCCAACGUGACGUUCCGCUGCCCGGACCUACCCCAGUCGGGUCAGCAGCCGCGUCACCUGACCUGGUGGAAAGAGGACCGGCGGCUGAUCGAGGCGACCCGCGAGCGCGUCACCGUGGCGCCCGAGGCCGGAGCCCGGGUCGCCCUGAUGCCCGGCUCCAGUGCGCUGCUCUUCCGCUCAGUCGUGGCCGAGGACAGCGGAGAGUACCAGUGCGUGGUCAACAACCGGCAGGGCAGGCGGGGCAUCGUCCGACUCUACGUGCAGGAUGUGCCCGACCCACCAGGAAUCCCCAUCGUGGUGGGCUUCACCUCACGUUCCGUCAACCUGUCCUGGACUUCGAGCGUCAACACGCAUAACAGUCCCAUACUGCAGUACAUCAUACACAUCAGAAUCGGGGAGAAAGGCGACUGGGACACGCGGAACAAGGUGAUGACGUCGGACAACAGCACCAACUUCCAGGUGAUCGGUCUGAAGCCGUUCACGGUGUACUCCUUCCGAGUGCUCGCCGUCAACGCCAUCGGCGCCAGCAAACCCAGCAAGGAGUCCUUCUACAUGGUCACGCUACGUGAAGUGCCGGAGGGAAAGCCGACCAUCGUGCACGCGCAAAACACGAGCAGCUCCACCAUCCGUAUACAGUGGACGGCUCCCCCGAGGCACACCAUCCACGGCGAAUUCGAGGGCUACCGCAUCACCUACCGGCCUAGGGACAAGCCGCAAGAGGAGAGCCGGGAAAUCGUCGUACGAGACAGCAAACAGACGCAAUACACCAUCCGGAACUUGGAUACAUUCACUCAGUACCUGGUGUCUCUGCAAGUGUUCAACCCUGCCGGACGAGGACCGGCUGUGGUCGUGCCUGUCAUGACCGACGAGGGAGAGCCGAGCCCACCUGUGAACGUGACGGUGGUGGGCGUGACGGACAACACGGUGCGGCUGAAGUGGCGGGAACCCGAGAAGCCCAACGGGGUUCUUCAGGGAUACUACGUCUACUUUCAUCCGUCGCGCAACGGCUCAGCACAGCAGCAACGCCGUACAGUCUCCCACCCGCAGCCCAUUCAGGAAUAUGCGCUCACCAAUCUCCGGCCAUUCUCGUACUACAACAUCUGGGUGAAGGCCUUCACGCAGAAACAUCUCGGGGAGUCUAGCAACCUGCUCAAGAUACAGACGGACGUCCAGGGACCCAGUGCGCCGAUCAUAGUGAACCUGACCUGCCAGUCAUUGGACAGUCUCUUCCUGCAAUGGGAGCGGCCGCAGACCUACUACAACAAAGUGGACUACUACUUUGUGCACUACCGCUCGGAGGAGGCCUGGGGCUUUGAGGAGAUCGCCAUGGCUGCCACCGACCGGCUAGACCAUGUCAUGUUCAUACCAAACCUGACGGCCAACACGCUGUACGAGGUGAAGGUGCAGGGGGCGACGCGGAGUAUCAUUGACCAGACGACCGUGUUCAAAGGGCAGUUUUCUGAUUCCCGGAAGGUGCUCCUCCAGAGUAAGUGUCAGACCUUCAACGAUGGUGCCUAUUCCGAUCCCAGCCUGAGUGCCGCCGUGGUGGCCGGUGUAGUGUGCGUGUCGUUUGCGCUGUUUCUGGCCAUCAUCUCCUUUGUUCUGUGGAAAAAGUAUUUUCAGGCCGCUUACUAUUACUUGGACGACCCUCCAGGAAACAGAGCUUCGCCGCAACUUUCUGAAACCUUUGACGACUCGGAGUAUGCUUCUGUGCACGUGAGCCAAUGGGCGAAACACGUGGCUGACCUUCAUGCCGAUGGAGAUAUCGGGUUCUCGAGGGAGUACGAGUCUCUCCAGCAGGCUACGGAUUUGGAUCUGUCUUCAGACUAUUCUCAGAUGGCAGAGAACAAGGGGAAGAACCGAUAUGUCAACAUCGUGGCAUAUGACCACACACGUGUUAUAUUGAAGCCUACCCCUGGCCAGAAGAAAUCAGCUGACUACAUCAACGCUAACUACAUUGAUGGUUACAACAAACCUAGGGCCUACAUAGGCACCCAGGGCCCCCUGCCCUCGACUUUUGACGACUAUUGGCGCAUGAUCUGGGAGCAGAGGGUCUGCAUCAUCAUCAUGAUCACCAACCUGGUAGAAAGAGGACGGCGUAAGUGUGAUAUGUACUGGCCAAAGGAAGGUACUGAGACCUAUGGCAUAAUCCAAGUGAAGCUGGUCCAGGAGGUUGUCAUGGCAACAUACACCGUCCGAACCUUUGCGAUCAAGAACAUCAAAGUGAAGAAGAAGCAGGCGUCUGAGCGGACGGUGUACCAGUAUCACUACACCAACUGGCCAGACCAUGGGGUACCAGACCAUCCUCUGCCAGUCCUCAGCUUUGUGGCCAAGUCUUCUGCUGCCAACCCUCCCACUGCAGGACCCAUGAUCGUGCACUGCAGUGCUGGUGUAGGAAGGACGGGCACCUACAUCGUUCUGGAUGCCAUGCUCAAGCAGAUGCGGCAUCGGCAGAGCGUCAACGUCUACGGCUUCCUGCGGCACAUCCGCCAGCAGCGAAACUACCUCGUCCAGACCGAGGAGCAGUACGUGUUCAUCCACGACGCUCUGCUCGAGGCCAUCGAGAGUGGAGACACGGAGGCUGGGGUCUCACAGCUGUCUCGCUACGUGCAGAGCUUGCAGACAGCUCAGGUUGGAAACACAGGGAGCGGGGACAAUAUUGACAAGUCCUGGUCACUCCUAGAGAAGCAGUUCAAGCUGGUGACUGUGUUCAAGGCGAAAGAUUUCAAUGUGGUGUCAGCUGUGAAGCCCUGUAACAAGGCCAAGAACCGGUCACUCAACUUGAUUCCCAUCGAGUCGCACCGGGUGCACAUCACCCCAAAGCCGGGCACGGAUGGCUCGGACUACAUCAACGCCACUUUCCUACAAGGUUACAACAGGUUGCGGGAGUACAUAGUAACGCAGCAUCCACUAAUGACGACCAUGGCCGACUUCUGGCAGAUGGUCUGGGACCACAACUCGCAGACAGUCGUGGUCCUCUCGGUCGUCGACGAAAAGGAGUACCCGCAGUUCUGGCCCGACACAGACGAGGAGCAGGACUAUGGGAGCUUUAAGGUGAAGCCCACGAGCGACGAGACGGCCACGACGGCGUCGACGGACACGGUUCCGGCCGACGAGAAGCCGAGCGGGGGCCCAGGCUUGGUGAGCCGGGACUUCAUCUUGCAGUCGACGCAAGACGACUACGAGCUGUCCUGCCGUGUGAUCCAGUGCCCGGGCUGGCCCCAGGCUUGCACCCCCAUGGCCACCCUGUUUGACCUGAUCCGCACGGUGGCCGCACGACACGCCGAGGACCUCAACGGUCCCGUCGUCAUCGUAGACAAGUGUGGAGGUACGGAGGCAGCCACCUUUUGCUGCCUCUCAUCGCUCUACAAGCAGCUUGAGAGCGAAAAAUGCGUGGAUGUGUACCUGUACGCGAAGCUGUAUCACAUGAGGAGGCCUGGAAUAUGGAAAUCUCAGGACGACUUCCUAUUCCUGUACCGAGCAGUCGAAAGCCUGCUGGCUGUGAGUAAUAGCCCGGCGGCGGCGGCGCCGAUCCUCGCCAACGCCACGAACGGCCAGCUCACCAGCAACGGGCAUGCGGUCAAGAUUGAGGAAGUCGCCGGGAAGAUAGAGAGCCCGGAUUGAAAGAAGGCCGAGCACAGUCACUUCUUUCCCUGUCCAGCCGUUCGCCGCGAUGGCGUGCGCUCACCUUUGCUUCUUCUGGUCAUCCCGAGCUUGGCACCGAAUGAGAUUUUUUUGUUCCCACGCCUCGUUUUAGUACCGGUUGCAUCGCUUCGUUUCCGUUCUCGAGAUAAAAGAGAGGGCAACCGAGGAACCUUGGAAGGCAGAGAGAUCAGCUGUGACCAAACGCAGAGAGCGUCGGUGCAUUCUGCCUCAUGACGUGCACGUUCUGGUAAUGUUCGAAAUGUGUGCGCACAUGUGUUUUUCGGAUGUUCGUCCAUUGCCCCGCAAGUGUGAGCAGUCUGAAAGCUCCCGUUUUCACGGCGAAACAUUGCAUGUAUCGGGAGAUGAGAGAACAAAAAAGAAAGAGCGUUGCUGGAAGAAUGCCGUGCUCAUCUGGCAGUCUUAACGAUGGAGCUAUCGUGCUAAGUACAGAGCAUGUCUGCAUCCUUAGUUUGGAAACAGACGAUUCUGUCUGAUUCAGGGCAGCUGAUGAAAUUCACAUAGGCUGGAAACAGACUCUCUAUAAAAGUUAGGUCUGAAAACGAAAAAUUGUAGCAGAUAAUGCAACGUUGUAGUGGUUAAUCACUACUUUUACUGCGACUUGAACUUCAGAUUCAAUUUGGAAAGUUACCUUGGCAAAGCCUGACACUUGUUUGGGGUGCCUUGCUAUGUAUAAUGCCUCUGAUUGAGCAAUACCACGAAAACCCGGAGCAGCCGGGAUUGUGAACCAGAGCAGUAUCAUUCGGUGGGCUCAUUUUUUUAUGCCGCGGUGUCUUUUCGAACCUUCAGAAAGGACGGCCUGUGCUGUAAAUGGUGUAAGAUAGUUAGUUACAUUAAGUUGUACAUUAUUGCGCGUCAUGUUUCACUUCACAUCGCCGACCGAUUGUGUAGAUUUUUUUUCUUUAUACCUGUUUUUUUUCUCGAUUUGUGUUUGUUCAGUCAGCUGUCUGCUAAAAGCAAUGUUCUUAUUGUUUUCAUGCUUAGUACUGGCCAACUGCUUUUGGACAUAGUGCGUUUGUUUUUUCUCAUCGUGGGUCAAUGAGCCCACGAGAGAGAAAAGCGAUGCGUUUGGGGAAUGGGUGCUGAACGCACACCAGACUGUCACUGCCAGAUGUACAUCGCAACACCUGUAGCCUAGAGGGAACGUGUCCCUCCCAGCUGUCGUGAUAGUUCGAAGUCAACAAGCACAAAAGGGCUUGGCUCUCUGCAGGUUCAGUAGAUGAACCCUGUCUUCAGCACUGCCGUUUUAUCGUUUUUUGUUGUUGUUGUUCUUUUUUUUUUUUUUCGCUGGGCUUUGCGUUUAGGUUUCAUACCUUUACUCACUUUAUUUAUUUUCCGUGCCGCUGUAUUGAGAGAUCUUGUUUAUCGCAAGGAACGAAACCUAGAUAUUAUUGGUGUUUAACGAAAGACGGACAGUUCUGAGUGACUGCCGAGGCCUUUUUUGGGCAAGACAGGAGUUGUGUUUUUGAGUUCCACGCCUCUGAUGAUGACACAGCGCAGACGAACGAUGCGGUCGGAAAUUACGACGACGACGACAACGGCAAAAACAACAGAGACGGCGCGAUCAAAACAAGAGACAGCCAAUGAUGAAAGGCGCGGGAAUGGAAGAGACAAGACAGGAGUACGCAGCGUGCGAGCAUGCGCGAAGGGGCCCCGCACACGACGGAGACGUGCCAAGUUGCGCAACACACGCGCGCGUUCAGUUGCAAGCCUCGACAGAAGAUGAAUAAACGGCCUUGACGUCAAUACCAACCGCCCCCGCCCCAUUGCCCCCAUCUCCCAAUGCCAAACGACGCCUCCCCGAUCCAGCAGCAACAACUUCUAGUCUGAUAUCAUCUACGUGCUGUCAAUGUUCUGCAUAUUUUUAUUAUUUUCUUUCUUUCCUUCACUUCUGCUCACGUUCAGGCUUUUCAAGAUUUCACGCACCAAGCAAACGAGCGUAGGUGUGCAUUUUUGUUGAUGUCCAUGGUCUUCGACUCUUCACGCUUGUUGUUGUGUUUCGUAUUAUGUCGCAGGUUUCCCACUGUCGUCAUUUCACCUUACCCCAUCACUAACAGGCAUAGUUUUUCUUACCUACCACUGGUUUCAGACCAGAUGAAGCCGUGGAAAGAAAAAAACGAAAUACUCGACAGCAUAGCUGUUUCAUCUUUCUAAAGGGCACGCACUUCUUUUGUAUCUAUUCCUUUCUGAGCAGGCAUUUACUUUCCUCAUCAGCCCUUUGUCAGCGUACUGUGUCUAUAGAAAACAUUUUCCUCCUAGCCCCAUUCCUCAACGUCCUCAGCAUGCUCUUUCUUUUUUUCUUUCUUUUACAAGUCAGCUCUUUAAAAAAAAAAGCGCUUUCUCAGCAGGCUAGCAUAAGAGAGUGCUGCCUGACAAGACGCCGCAACACCUUGGCAUUGCUGUCGAAGCCCGGGGUAGCGUCUAAACAUUGUUGCAGUGUUAUCGGCAGUGUUUACCCAGUGCCGACAGUGUUGCUAGAGUGUUUAGUGUUUCCCGGGUAAUGGUUGUGUGUUGUUUUUCUUUGUGACGCGCUGUUGCUUCCCAAAGACGGACACACGCCUAAAUAAGUAACCAGUAUGCCCAAGGUGUUGUUGUUCAAUAUAUACACGCAUAUAAACUUUGUUGGUAGCACAUAAAUAUAAUUCCCUCCUCGGAAAGAGAAGACCCAGAGCGAGAGCUUCGAGUUUGUUGACGUAGUGUUCAGAUAUAUAUACAUAACAUAUAAUCUUCUAAAACCCAUCGCAUAACUUGGAGUUCCGUAGUUUUUUAAGAAGUGUGGCUUCGAUGAUUUCACACUGUCGUGGGAAAUCUGGCCACCAUUUUAAUAUUGAACGGCCCUGGUAGCCAUUUCUGACCUUGGGACAUAAUAUACUGCCUUGCUUGAAAGUUUGUUCAUUAAUGGACUCCAAAGAAAGCUUUGUUAUAAAUAACUAGUGACUGCGUGACCCAACGCAUUUCUCGUUGUAUGUAAGCUGGGUUAAUUUAAUUAUACGCUCAUUCACAAUGGUCUCCCAAUCAGUAUUUCUUGCAAACAUUCUUGCAUACACUCCUAAAACCAAGGAAAGAAUUCCGUCACGGGGUUUCAUUAGAAUUAUAGAGUACCGGACCAAAUGUCACCGCUAAACGUGACGCCGUCGCCUAAUGAAAACUCUCCUGUCUUUAUUCAGUUUCCACCAGUUCUUCAGAACUGCCAACUUAGUGAAUCCGGUGAUCUAAUUUUGAUGCGUUGAAAUUUGUGCUGCCUUAAAUUUUACUCUACAGUCCUUGUUUACUGAGGGGUAUUCCGUCACUGUUCCUUUUCGUGUCUGUUCUUCCUGGUCUGUUUUGUUCUUUUGUAUGUUCCUUGUCACAUUGAAGAACUUGUUUACAUGUUAUUUAUCUUCUGUAAUAUGUGCAAAAACAUCAAACAUUGAAAAUGAAAAGGUGUCUGGUAUUGUUGUUCUGUGUUGAGUUCUUACAAGUCUUAGAAGCCACUGUUAUCUACAAAGAUCAUUUGUCUCUGAAUUUAGUGUAAAUUCUUUCGUGAGGUCUGAUUGUAUGGACUGGCUAUCUCACAUGUAAAUAUAUAUAUUGAAUGUUAAUUAUUAUAAUUAGUGUGUUAUACACAUAGCUGCAUUGUGUGCGUAAUGAAAUACCAUAGGUUUCUGCCGAAUGCGUCAAGUUGUGCUUGUCAUCACAAGUUUGUUUCACUCCUCAGUGAAACAAUUCUUUUUCUUUCUGAUCCAGUUGUGUCUUUUUCCUCAGUGCCGAGGUCACUCUAUUGAUUUCACUUCUGUCUUUUCUUUCUCAAUUCAUUUUCUUUCCCCUGUUGUAGAUUCGAUUGAUUAGAAAUCUUCAGCUUCCUCAUCAACCAGUCUUCUCUCCUGUCUGCUUUACGCUAUUACAUAAAUCUAUAUUAAAAAAAAUCAAUAUAUGUGAUAUGUAUUGACUGCUCAAAAUAAAACAAAGACCAAAUAUGGAUAAA